AUGUCUGAAACUUGGUUUGACACUAAUCUCGACGUUUGGAUCAAUGCCAUCCAAGAUCAUACGUUCAAAACUCGGAUGGUUGCUCUCUCACACGAUGAAAUUUGUGCCAUCAUCAGUGAGAAUGAGUAUUUUACUUUGGAGGAGAAUGAACAAUUGAAACAUUCGAUCGGAAUGGAUUUGAUGAACUUUGAUGCAGAAAAAAAGAAGAAUAUUUUGAAACAAUUAGAAGAGUCGAUCGAUCAUGAAAUUCAACAACUUGUGUCCAGUAAUUCCUCCGAUGAAGUAUAUUGUUUCAUUAAAUUAUCAUGCCGAUCUCCAAAAGAUGCAUUCGCCGUUUGUGAUAAGAUGAAAGCCAUCUUUGAAGAAAAGAUCAAUCAAUUAAUUCAAAAGAACUCUUCACAGAAACUUCCUUCAGAGAAUGAGAGAUUAAUAGCAGUGAACGAAGCUUUUAUUCAAUCCAUGAAAGUGAAAAGUUUUGCUGAGGAAUUUUAUUACUUUAAAAAAGAAUGGGUCGAGAUUCCUGUUGAACAUGAAUUUAGAUCUUUUGUGAAAAAUGGAAAACUGACAGCCAUCUCUCAAUAUUUUGAUACAUGCUACUUUCCUGAACUCGUUCAGCACUCCUCUGAAAUUAAGGAGAAAUUAAUUGAGUUUUUUAAUACGAACAUUUCUUGUGCGAUACCGAUUAAGGAUUAUAUUUGUGACUUGGCCAUUGCCAGAGAUGGAAAAAUUUAUGUUGUGGAAUUGAAUCCAUUUUCUUCUACAACUGAUGCUUGUUUAUUUAGUUGGUCUAAGGAUUCGUCUAUUUUAAAUGGAGUUCAUUCACAAAGUGUCGAAAUGAGAGUCAGAAAGAAGGAAGAAAAACAUUUGAAACAUGAAAUUCUUUCGGUUUGGAUUCCCUUUGUUGUCGUGGAAAAUAGGAAAGAAUAA